GUUUGCAUUUUCCGGCUUGGAGCCUUGGACGGCUGCUGCUCACCGGCGAAUUGGCAACCACCGUUGGAUCAUGCCGCGGAUGCCACCUACCGGUUCCCGCCACAACGCCCCAGGCAUGGUGCUCCUCCCUCUCCUCCUCCUCCUCCGCUUCGUUGCCUCCUCCUCCGCCACCGCCUCAUCUCGUUCUCCGGCCACCGCCCUCUUCGUCCUUGGUGAUUCCACCGUCAGCUGCGCCGCUACCACCCUCCCCAUCAACCUCACCUCCCCCUCUCUCUCCGGUCUGUGCCUCUUCCCCUCCAGCCGCCGCUUCCUCCCCGACCUCCUCGCCGCCAAGAUGGGCCUCCCUCCGCCGCCCCACAUCUCCACCCUCAACGGCACCGCGGACGCCGUGUCCAGGGGCGUCAACUUCGGCGGCCAGUACGGCGAGGGAGGGGUCUUCCGCAUGGGCGCCGUCGGCCAGCAGCUCCGCCUGGCCGCCGAGACGCUGCAGGUGCUGCAACUCGAGGCCGCCACGCCGCGGGACGCGUCUGCUGCCGCAGAGGGCGCGGUGUUCGUCAUGUCCUUCGGCACCGAUGCCUACGCGCGGCUGCUCGCACGCGGACCCGAGGCCGACGCCGCCGCGCCAAAGCACGGCCGCCGCGGGUUCGGACGCCUCCUCGCCGACCGCAUCGCCCGCACCGUCUCAGAGCUGUAUGAGGCGGACGUGAGGAGGGUGGCGGUGAUGGGGGUGGCGCCGCUGGGGUGCGCGCCGCGCGUCAUGUGGGAGGGGAUGCACCUUCUGGACGGCCGCAGCUGCGUGGAGGAGGCGAACGAGCUGAUCCAGGGGUACAACGCCAGGCUCGCCGCUCAGCUGGACGACCUGCGGCCGCAGCUGCCUGGCGCCGACAUUGUGUUCUGCGACGUUUACAAGGGGAUGAUUGAGAUCAUCUCCAAUCCCGGCAGAUACGGAUUUGAAGAGGCGAGGGAGGCAUGCUGCGGGCUGGGGCCUUUCAAGGGGACGAUGGGGUGCUUCAGCAAGGAGAUGGCGUGCCGCACGCCGGAGAGGCACGUGUGGUGGGAUCUGUACAGCCCCACGGAGGCCGUCGACUCCCUCGUCGCAAACUGGUCGUGGUCACCGCCGCCGGGCUCCGGCUCCGACGUGAUGAGCAUCUGCAGUCCCAUCACUCUGCAGCAGCUGGCUUCGAUGCUGUAA